AUGAAAAUUGACCCAAUAGAGUUAAUUAAAUUACAAAGAUUCGAAGAAUUAUUUGAAAAAUAUUUUACUUAUUAUGAUGAUAACACUAAAGCUUUACUUGAAAAUGAAAAACUUUAUAUUGAAAUUGGUAAUAAAUGUGUACAAUUUGAUGAAUUACUUGAUAGGUUUAUUAAAGUAUUAAUUAAUUUUAAUUUAUUGGAAAAUUCAAAAGAGUUUAUAAUAAAUUCAAUUUUAAUUAAAUCAAUUAAAAAUGGAUUUUUAAAGAAUUUACAAUACUUUUUAACAACUGAUAAUAGAAAUUUAUUUAAAAUUUCAAAUGAAAUUAUUAUAAAGAUUUUAUUAAAUUCAGCAAUUAUUAAUGAUAAUAUUACAAUGGUUUCUUAUUUACUUUCAAUUUUAUUUCCUUUUUUAUUUUUUAAUAACAAUCAAAUAAUAUCAUCUCAAACAAUUCCAAGAAUUUCAACAGUAACAAAAGAAGAAAAAGAAUUGUUAUUAAGUAUUAAUGAACAAUUAAAUUCUAUAAAAUUAAUUACAAAAAUGGAAAAUUAUUUAAAAAAAACAAUACUUUUUUUUGAUUUAUAA